AUGGAUCUCGAUAAGUUGAAAUUCGCCGUCAGUUGUUCGAGCAACAUGAACAGAAGUAUGGAAGCCCAUAGCUUCAUGCAGAAGCGUGGGUUCAUUAUCGAGUCUUAUGGAUCUGGUAACCAAGUGAAACUUCCGGGCACAGCAAUCGAUAAACCGAACUGUUACGAGUUUGGAAAAGCAACAUAUGAGUACAUCUACAAUGACUUAAAAGCCAAAGAUGCGGCAUAUUACACUCAAAAUGGUCUGUUGAACAUGCUGGACCGAAAUCGCCGCAUAAAACCUGCACCACAGAAGUUCCAGCACGAAGAUCAGGAGUUUGAUGUCAUCAUUUGCCUUGAGGAACGAGUUUAUGAUCAGGUAGUUGACCAUCUUCACACGAGACCAACGACCAGUGGGAAUCCAGCCCAUGUUAUUAAUAUAGAUAUUGAGGAUAAUCCAGAGGAAGCUACUAUAGGUGCUUGGUUUGUCUGUGAGCUCUGUGGAAAGUUGGAAGAAUGCGAUGACUUAGACAAUGAAAUCGAUGAGAUUCUAGCCGAAUUUGAGGCGAAAAAUCCAAAGCGAAACAUCCUGCAUACUAUUUGUUUUUACUAG